AUGUAUUGCUGCCACGUCACUGGCAUCAUACAUCACGGUCUCUCAGGGAAAAAGUUGAAUUCACGUGUUGUAAGUGACUCUGGAUCAGAGCAUCUGCUAAAUGUUCAUGUGUAUUUGAUUGUGUUGCAGUUGGCUGUGAUGAUCCUGCCACAGGAUGAGAACUUCCUCCUGGUGUUCCGCAGGGAAGCCCCUCUGGACAACAGUGUAGACUUUAUGAAGAUCUGGAGAAAGUAUGAUGCUGACAGCAGUGGAUACAUAUCAGCUGUGGAGCUGAAGGGUUUCCUGAAGGACUUGUUCCAGCAGCACGGGAAGGCUGUGUCCUCCAGCAAACUGGACGAGUACACAGACGCAAUGAUGAAGAUUUUUGACAAAAAUAAGGACGGUCGCUUGGAUCUGAACGAUUUGUCCAGGAUCCUGGCUCUAGAAGAGAAUUUCAUGCUACAGUUCAAAAUGGAUGCCUCCAGUCAAGAAGACAGAAAGAGAGACUUUGACAAAAUAUUCAACCACUAUGAUGUUAGUAACACCGGCGCUUUGGAAGGACCAGAGGUGGAUGGCUUUGUAAAAGACAUGAUGGAGCUGGUCAGGCCCAGCAUCACUGGUCCAGAGCUGGACAAACUGAGGGCUAUGCUGCUGGGACACUGUGACGUCAACAAAGAUGGAAAGAUCCAGAGGAAUGAGCUAGCGCUGUGCCUGGGAAUGAAGCCCAAUAAGGCCUAGUCUUCCCCGUGCAGAGAAGACCUCUAACUACUGAUCAUUCCCUUCACUCUGAUGCAUCCAGAACACCCAGAACGGAUCCUUCCCCUCACUCUGAUGCAUCCAGAACACCCAGAACGGAUCCUUCCCCUCACUCUGAUGCAUCCAGAACACCCAGAACGGAUCCUUCCCCUCACUCUGAUGCAUCCAGAACACCCAGAACGGAUCCUUCCCUUCACUGUGAUGCAUCCAGAACACCCAGAACGGAUCCUUCCCUUCACUGUGAUGCAUCCAGAACACCCAGAACGGAUCCUUCCCUUCACUGUGAUGCAUCCAGAACACCCAGAACGGAUCCUUCCCUUCACUGUGAUGCAUCCAGAACACCCAGAACGGAUCCUUCCCUUCACUGUGAUGCAUCCAGAACACCCAGAACGGAUCCUUCCCUUCACUGUGAUGCAUCCAGAACACCCAGAACGGAUCCUUCCCCUCACUCUGAUGCAUCCAGAACACCCAGAACGGAUCCUUCCCCUCACUCUGAUGCAUCCAGAACACCCAGAACGGAUCCUUCCCCUCACUCUGAUGCAUCCAGAACACCCAGAACGGAUCCUUCCCCUCACUCUGAUGCAUCCAGAACACCCAGAACUGUAUGUCCAAUCUUCAAAAACAAAGAAGACAACAGCUGCCAUUGUUUUAGCAUGUUGUAGAACAAGCACUGUUCUGAAUGAUCAGUUGUAUUUUCUUGUGAUAGAUUCACGUUAAUACAGAAUAAUACAGCUGGCCUACUGGUAAAUUAAUACAGAAUAAUACAGCUGGCCUACUGGUAAAUUAAUACAGAAUAAUACAGGUAGUCUACUGGUAAAUUAAUACAGAAUAAUACAGCUGGCCUACUGGUAAAUUAAUACAGAAUAAUACAGCUGGCCUACUGGUAAAUUAAAGUGUAUCUAUUUGAAAAAGCAGGAGAGGGCUCAAUGUUCAAGACUGUGUUGUGAAUUAUGCUUAUAUUUUUCUCGUUGUGUUUUGUUGGCCUGGCCAUAGCUGGCUAUUGGGCAAUUUGCAUGUAAGUGUAGUACUGUAUUGUACAUUAGGUGAGUUGCUGUUUUUAAUAUUAUAUGAUGAUGUUUAACAAUGAUAAUUAAAUCAAGAAUAGUGGCA